AUGAUUGUUUUGAUAAUUCCACUUUUAUUUAUUGUUUAAAGUUAAACAACCACAACAACAAACACAACAACUACAACAGCAACAACAAUAAGUUAUGCUAGUUAAGGAUCUGAUUGGACUUCAGGAGUUUGCUCAAGUAGUACUUCUCAGAGUCCCAUUAAUUUAGAAGUAUCAUCUGGAACAUGUGACAAUUCUAUGGUUCUAGACAUUUAAUUUAAGAAGGAUGCUAUGUAAAUAGUCAUGGAGAGAGUCCAAUAUACAAUUCAAUCGAAAGCAGCAGUCUCAAAUUUAUAUGCAACAGACAUCAAUGGAAAUCUUUAUGGCUAUACUGCAACAUCAUUUAUGUUCCACAGUCCUUCCGAGCAUACAAUAGAAGGAACCAGAUAUGACCUAGAAAUGCAAAUUGUGCAUGAUUUAAAAUCUGAGUUCAGUGCCACCAUAACCAAAGCCAUAGUUUCAAUAUUAUUCGAAGUUUCAAGCACAGAUCAACCAUUCUUCACAACAUACGACUUUGCGUUGGUGGCAUCUGCUUCAACUAAUACUACCACAACCAACACAACUAAUUCAACAAAUACAACGACAGCAGCAUCCGUUACUUCCACUAUAGCUUCAAUCAAUUUCAACGAUCUCUUGGGGUCAUAGUUAGAUGCCAAUCCAGCCUAUUAUACCUAUGUUGGAUCCUUAACUAUUCCAGAUUGUGAUGAGAAUGUGAACUGGUACAUUCUGGAUUCCAUAUUGCCAAUCACCUAGACUUAAUUAGAUGCUUUUAACACAUAUUUCUUGAGUAACUCAACUUUCGCUUCUGGAAAUGGUAACAACAGAGCCAUAUAAUCAACAAACGACAGAACAAUUAAAAAAGGAGGAGUAGCAUGUGAAGAGUAGUUCGUCUACUUUUUCUCCUUCUUCAUCCUAUACAUUUUUAUUAAUUAUUUCAUAUUCAAAUUGUUAUGAUCAUUAUUCAAUAUUAUU